CCACCCAGCGUUUCAGACACCUCGCGUUCCCUCCGUCAUUUGCUUUCCACUUCUUGCUUAGGCCUUUAUUCACCCAAUUAACAUAACACACGCCACGUACGCUGCUCCACGUCUAGCAAGCAGCGAGCAUGUCUACUGCAGCUGCGCAAACGGCAUUGGCUGGGAGCGCGGCGGGAGGAGGAGCGGCACUUGCCGACGCCACGGCGGAGCGGCAGCAGCAGCAGCGGUUGCAGCAUUUGGGUGCGGGCGACAACGAGCCCUCCGCCGAGCUCGCAGCCGCCAGCUAUCGCGCGGCGGACGAGAAUGAAAUGCUGGCGGCGCUCAAAGCCGAGGCCAAGGCACGCACCAUCAGCUACCACAGUGACACGGGCGGACACGACCCGCCGCGCAAUUCGCCGCCCUCGCUCGCCAGCGGUGCCUUUGGCAAGUAUGCGGCGGCGGUUGCUGCCAACCGCCACAUGAGCCCCCUGGCCGUCAUGUCGGGAGUCAAGGUGCCGGCGGCGCAAGACGCGCUGCCAGGGGAGGAGGAGGUGGCGGCCAGGCUGGCGUCGGAGGCCGCCGCCGCCUACGAGGCCGAGAAGGCGGCGGGCGGCGGCGCAGUGCCGCGGGCGGGUGUGGCCUCCAAGCUGCAGAGCGCGGCGGAUAAGUACGCGCGCAUGGUCGCCAUGGACAAGGAGGCGCUGCCGUCUCCCGGCGGCGGCAGCGGCGGCGGCGGCAGCAGUGGCGGCGGCGGCGGCGGCGGCUCGGCGGAUCGCGGCAGGGGGCAGCAGGUGGAGCAGGGGCGGUAGGGGGAGCAGCAGGGGAGUUAAGACAGCGCAGCUGCAGGGAGAGCAGCAGUAGCAGAAGUAAGGGGCAGCAGGAGCAGGACUACUGCACUGCUGCGGGAUGGACUGCUGCAUUACCCCCGGCGGGCUGAUGCUGAGGAGUAUUUAGGGGGCGCGGCGGGCCGUGGCAGUAGUCGCAGGGGUAGGGGACAAAAUGGGGAGUGGGGAGAGCAGCACUAGCAGCGGGGUGUGGUAGCAAAGGAGGGCAGGGGAUGGACUACUGCACUCGUGGCGGCGGAGGAUGAAUACUGCUGGAGGUGGCGGCGGUGGCGGCGGGCAGUAGUGCAGCUGUGUCGGCCGUGCGUGGCAAUGCGUGCUGGAGGCGGCGGCGGUGGCGGCAGUGGACGGAGGCAGUGUAGCGAGGCAGUGUAGCGAGGCAGGGGCAGCAGUGUCGGAACCGCCGCGUUGCUUCCAUGUUUCAAGGAAUUCUCUUGACGAUGAGAUGGGGACCCGCCGCAGUAAAAAUGGUUAGUG